AUGGAAGGCGCCGCGGCAUUUACCGCCCGGUUGUUUUCGCGUUUAUGUUUACCCGGCACUGGGCGGGUACUAGAACUUUCUGCAGCUGCAUUCUGUUCGUUCAAAAGUACGCUCGAAGACGGAGGGACGGUGGACAAAGCAAGGGACCCAUCCAGGGAGGCCCUAAUGCUUUACCAUCUCAUCGACUCCGCCACCCUUCACGACGGUCGCAUCCGCCAAGCCAAGCACGUCACCACGAGCUCGCUUGGUGUUUGGGUCGACGUGACGACACAUGGCAUCACUGUGCGUCUGUAUGCACCAUACGAAGCUCCGCAACACGUUGAGUUCCAUCCCCAUAGUAUCGGUGGUAAUUUGAUUUGCACAGCGUGGAACACUGAGUACUCUCAUCGAGCGCUCUGUGUUGUGCCCUCCACCCCUCCUCUGACGCCAUUAUUUUCCGCCCACAACUACAUGGAGCGCAUGGCGCACACGCCCUCCAUUCCGCUCCUGCGUGUCGCUGCAGCCGCCACCACCGUGACAUACACUCCGCCGUCGCACCUCCAUCCUCCACGACAUACAAGUAGCGGGGUGCCGCCUGCACGGGGAGGCACCGGAACGCCGACGCGGUUGAAAUAG